CCUGUCUUCUGUGUCUCAGGUGUGUUUGUGGGUCUCGGCCUCAGUGGAGUCGUCCCCACGCUGCACUUUAUGAUCACCGAGGGCUUCCUGAGGGCCACCACCAUGGGUCAGAUGGGCUGGCUGUUCCUCAUGGCUGUCCUGUACAUCACCGGAGCCUGCCUGUACGCUGCACGCAUCCCCGAGAGAUUCUUCCCUGGCAAGUGUGACAUCUGGUUCCACUCCCAUCAGCUGUUCCAUAUCCUGGUGGUAGCAGGUGCUUUUGUGCACUUCCACGGUGUUUCCAACCUGCAGGAGUUUCGUUACACAGCUGGCGGAGGCUGUGCGGAGGAGGGUGGCGUGUGAGCCCCGUGUCCUGCGGUGCUUGAAACGCACCACUAGAGGGACAACGUUCCUCUUACCUUUGCCGCCAACAACUGUUCCUCCUGCCCAUGAGGGGUAAACCUAAGAGGACAGCACUGAACGACAAAGUUACCCACCUUUAUUUUUCUUAUUUUUCUCUUUCCGUUUCUGGUUUGUUCUCUGUUUUGCCCCUUAAAUAAACUACAUCAAGGGAUAAGGUGGACACAGGUUGAGGAUGGCAGUUUGUGUUUCCUAAGAUCAUAUAUUGAGAAAGAGGAGGCUUUUUGGCUUGGUCUAUUGCUGUUUGGUGGUCUGUUGCUGUUUUUUCUUUGCACAAGAAAAAGUGUUAAACUCAAAAACAAACAGCAACAA